AUGGCGACGGAAUUGAAGAAAUUGAGGGCACAUUUGUUGGCGCUGGAGGACGAAGAGGACGAGGUGGCGGAGGAACAGGAACGAGAAAUAGACGAGGCGAGAGAGGAGGAAAGGCGAGAAUACGAACGGCGUUUAAGCGACUUGAAGAAGAACAUGAGUGGAAACGAUGCCGAGGUCACGAGGUUGCGGGAGGUGAUAAAGGCUCGAGACGAAGAGGUGGAAAAUUUACAAAAGGCGCUCGGGGCAUAUUACGCUGAAAUCGAGAGCGCGGACGCGCAGCGCAUUGAGUCGGCGAAUCUACGACAAAAGCUAGCCGCACUCACCUCGCAGGCGACUGCUGAUAGAGCAGCAUGCAUGGAAGCCAAAGAAAAGGCGAAGGAAGCGGAGGAAAGGUUGACUAAGUUUGAGGCUCACUUGAAAAUCGCCAAGGAGGAAUGCAUCAAGGCCACGAGCGACGCGAGUAAGCUCAGGAAAGCGCUCCAUCACGCCCUUCAAAAGAGCAGCGAUAUGAUGGUAGAGAGUGAGAAAUUGUUGGAUAAGCGCAUAGUGAGCGAUUUAUUCAUCGCUUAUCUCGAACGCGAACGAGCGGAGGACGUGCUCGAUUUGCUCGCAAAAAUGCUCGGCUUCACCGACAAACAAAAGGCACGGAUGGAAGCUCUAAAGAGACGACAGAAAAAGCGAGGUGUGCUCGGAACGAUCGCGCGCGCGCCCGUGAGCAUUGCAGCUGGUGCGAUAGGCGUCGCACUCGAAGUUACGGGCGCUACGGGCGAGAACAAACCAGUACCAGUCGCAGACUUGUGGAUUUCGUUUCUCGAGCAAAACGCAGCCAACGACGAAGAAGUAGAGAACAAAAUUCCGUCGUCAAGCGAGCUCAUCUCAGCCGCGCGCGAAUUGUAG